AUGCUGUCCUCAACUACCUCCAAAUCAGAAAGACCCCGUCUAAUCCCAAAGAAACGCCCUCUCAAACCUAUCUCAACCAGCCUGCACCCACGGGUCCUCAACCCCAGCGCAAUCCCAGCAGAAACACGACUGAAACCGUCCUAUCAAGAAUACCUCCAAACAAAGCAAAAUCACACAGACUCAAGUUUUACUCCAGCCACCGAGGAAGAAGAUAAUUUACACCAAGCCCCUCGCAUUGAAGUCUCCUUCUCGGCAGCACAGCCCUUCCUUGAUCCACCGACUUGGGAAGCUAUGCUCAGACUUCACCGCGAGAAGAUAGCGGCGCAGUCGAUAGAGGACUCAAGUGUAGCAAUUACCCAGGGCUCUGGAUCUAGAUCUGAAGAAGAAUCAGCUGAACGGCAAAGACAACGUGCCGAGCAGGAGAUGGAGUAUGGGUCUAUGGCUAUUCGGGGUCGGUCUAGUGUGAGAGGAAGGGGGAUGAGGGCACGUGGAAGAGGGACUGUUCAUUGGAGUGGGAGGUCUUGA